CAUAGCAAUCAUGAGCUGAGCUCGUCCCAUGGGCCAUGCGAAAUUUUGUAUAAUAUAACAAGGUGUUGUUAUUAAAUUAUUUUUGAUUAGCAUUUAUGUUUAACUGUUUAAAUUAAAUAGACUGGUGUAGUAUUUAAAUAUAAUUCAGAAAUAUGGAGUCAACCCCAGCCCCAGCUAUCGAAGAGACGAACGAUAAGAAUGAAUACGAAGAAUAUCAAGAAGAAAUGGACACAUCGGACGAAGAAGACAUAAGGAACACUGUAGGAAAUAUACCUAUGAAUUGGUAUGAUGAAUACCCUCAUAUUGGUUAUGAUUGGGACGGGAAAAAAAUUAUCAAGCCGGAACGUGGUGAUCAGUUGGACAACUUUAUGGAGAAAAUGGAGAAUCCUGAUUUCUGGCGUACUGUUAGAGAUUUACAAACCGGUCAAGAUGUUGUUCUCAGUGAUAAAGAUAUUGAACUUAUACAGCGAAUAGAAUCUAGUAAAAUACCAGACUCGACAUUUGAAGAAUAUGCACCUUGGAUCGAUUGGUUUACUUCAGAAGUCAUGGACAUGCCUAUUCGUAAUUCAGCUGACCAUAAAAGAUCAUUUAUAGCCAGUCGACAAGAAGCACAACGUGUUGAGCGCUAUGCUCGUUUAAUAAGAGCCGGUUUGCUCAAAACAAGGGAGCAAAAGCGCAGGGAGCGUGAAAAGAAACGCCAACGUAAUUUCUACAUGAUGUGGAGUACAGAUGACGCCGAAGAUAAGAGUAUGAGAAGAAUCACUGAUCACAUACCUGCACCAAAAAGAAACUUACCUACGCACGCCGAAUCUUAUAAUCCACCUCCAGAGUUUAUGUUUAAUGACCGUGAAAUGAGAAUAUGGAAAAAACAAGAGGAAACCCCGUGGAAACGCAAGCUACAUUUUAUACCGCAAAAGUAUCCAAGUUUACGAAGUGUACCCGCUUAUCCCAAGUUUACCAAAGAAAGAUUUACGAGAUGUAUGGACUUAUAUUUGUGUCCCAGAGCUAGAAAAAUGAGAUUAACCAUCGAGCCAGAAGAUCUUUUGCCUAAGCUGCCUAGUCCAAAAGAUCUUCAACCGUUUCCGACGAUUCAGUCUUUGGUAUUCAGCGGUCACACUGAUAUGGUUCGGUGCAUAUCAAUUGAUCCAAUUGGUCAAUAUUUAUUAUCCGGUUCUGAUGACAUGACAGUGAAAAUUUGGGAAAUUAGUACUGCUCGUUGUUUGAGAACGAUACCAGUUGGAGGUAUAGUGCGAAGUGUUGAAUGGAAUCCAAAUAAGGCUUUAUCGCUGAUAGCGGUCGUUGCUGAUCGUAAACUGAUGAUAAUAAAUCCCGGAGUUGGAGAUCACUUGGUUGUAUCUAAAACAGACACAAUCCUUUCAACACCUCCUGUUCAAGCAUCAAUUGUGUCCGAUAAAGUCAAAGCAGUUGUUCAGUGGGAAGAAGCUACACCUGAAGAAUGGGAAAAUGGCAUUCGUAUAGUGUUAAAUCAUUUCAAAGAAAUAAAACAGGUUACUUGGCAUGGCCGUGGAGAUUACGCUGCAACUGUUAUGCCAGAUGGAGCGAAUCGUUCAGUACUCAUCCAUCAAAUGUCGACUAGGCGUUCACAAUUACCAUUUGCUAAAUCGAAAGGACUGGUACAAAGCGUUCUUUUUCAUCCAAUUAGACCAUUCUUAUUUGUUGCGACUCAAAAAAAUAUUCGAAUAUACGAUUUGGUCAAACAAGAAUUAUUUAAGAAAUUAAUGAGUUAUGCGAAAUGGAUAUCUUCAAUGGCAAUUCAUCCAGGCGGCGAUAACUUAAUUGUUGGAACUUAUGAUAGAAAAAUGCUAUGGUUUGAUCUAGACCUUUCUACUAAACCUUAUAAAACUCUAAGGUUACAUUCGACAGCUGUUCGAUCAGUAGCGUUUCAUAAACGUUAUCCACUAUUUGCUUCUGGUUCUGACGAUAGAUCAUUGAUCGUUUCACAUGGAAUGGUCUACAAUGAUUUACUUCAAAAUCCUUUAAUUGUACCAUUGAAGUUACUGAAAGAACACGAAGAAACCUCAGAUUUCGGUAUUUUUGGUGUGACUUUCCACCCUACUGAACCGUGGGUGUUGACUUGUGGUGCUGAUAAAACCAUUCGAUUAUUUACGUGAUUUUAUAUAUUUACAAGUUUCUAGACUUAAGACUUUUUUUUAAAUACAAUUGAUGUUUAACAAAUUAAAUGAUUCCAUAUUA